AACUCACUAAAGAAAGAAAGAAGAACUCACAGUUUGUUUAGAUGUUCAGCUGCUGCGUCUUUAAUACAUUUCUGUCACUUCUCUGUUUCUAUUCUUGAUGAUUUCCUCUCUUUCAUGACAGCAAACCAAACGUUUUCUCUUUGUUUUGACAAGAGCUUUAAAUAUCCUGUUUCAGGAGUCUUAUUGAGUUUUUGUGUUGAGAUGUUGAAGAUGAGUUUGCAGGUGGAUUUGAUGUGCUGUAAAUCAGUAGGAACUGAUCUGUCCAUGCUGGAUAUUGAUGAUUUGAUGACAGAAAUCUCUCAGCUGAAGAAAGAGGUGGCGUUACUGGAGGCAAAGCUGAGGGAAAGAGGAGAUCCACUGAACGGAGAGGAGCUGGAGAAGGUUUCCUGUCAAUCUUCAGUGUGUGUGACUGAUGGGACCUCCACAGAAUGUCAGGAUUCAGUGUGGAGCGUCAGAGAUCAGAGAUCCAGAGACACACAGGACUCAGAGCUCAGCCUCACUUUACUCUGUUAUACUGACGCUCAGGAGAGUGUGUGUGACAGUAAUCAGGGUGAUCAAACCUCCACAGAGUCUCUGGCUUCUGUCUGUAACGCUGGAGAACAGCAGAUGCUGCAGAUACCAUUGAAGAUGUGUUCAGUGAAGCUCCUGGACUGCAGGAACCUGAUGGAGAUGAGAGUAGAAACCACAGCAGAGGAACAGCAUGAUGAUCACCAUGAAGAUGAGGAGGAGGAUGAUGAGGAUGUUGUUCAACAUGACAGUCAAGAUGAUGAGGAUUUUAUUCCUUCAGAUGCAAGCAGUGGUUCAUUAUCAGAUGGAGAAACAUCUACGUCAAAAAAGCAUCUUACAGAACAGAGUAUUUCCUGCAUCACCUGUGAGAAGACAUUCAGCUCAAAGGGACUCUUGGCAAGACAUGAGAGAAAACACACAGAGCAGAACAUUUUUAAAUGCAGGAGAUGUGGGAGCAGCUUUUCUUCCUUGAUUGAGAAGAAACUUCAUUCAAAAGUGCACAGAGUAAAGAAGGAAAUCCAGAGUGUAAAGAAAGAGGUCCAGAGAGAAAAGGAGUUCCACUGUGAUCAGUGCGGGAAGGUUUUCUUUAUUCAUUCUGUUCUAAAGGCUCACGUGAAGAUACACAGUGAUAAAAAGCCUUUUCGAUGCAGUGAGUGUGACAAGUGUUUUAGAACUAAAGGAGUUCUUGUUGCUCAUGAGAGAACACACACAGGAGAGAAACCGUACAAGUGUCCUCACUGUGAGAAGAGAUUCAACCACAAGCCCCAUCUGAAGACACAUGUCCGUGUACACACCAAAGAGAGGCCGUAUCAGUGCAGUGAAUGUGGGAAAACAUUUACACGAAUAGAUUCUCUAAAGUCACAUCAGAAAAUACACACUGAGGAGAAACGCUAUCAAUGUUCAUACUGUGAUAAACGUUUCCUUAAAAGAUCUGAUCAGAUAGUCCAUGAGAGAAGGCACUCUGGAGAGAAACCUUACCUCUGCUCUCACUGUGGAAAGAGAUUUUAUACUUCAGGAAAGUUGACCAUUCAUCAGAGAGUGCACACGGGAGAAAAGCCUUAUAACUGUAGCGAUUGUGGGAAGAGUUUCAGUCGACACGAUACCUUUGUAAAGCAUCAGAAAACACAUAACGGAGAAAGACUUUACAAAUGCACUCUGUGUGACAAAUCUUUUGCCUACCAAUAUGUCAUGAAAACCCAUCAGAGAGUGCAUACAGGAGAGAAACCUUACAGCUGCUCCAUCUGCUGGGAGAGAUUUGCUUAUUUAACGAGUUUUAAUGCUCAUCAAAAGAAACAUGCUGAAGAUAUAGAAUAAUUAUAGGGAAUUAACCAAAUAAGUUGGGACGGGCAAUUUAGGUCAAUUAAAAAUCUGCUGUUGAAAUAAGAAGGUAAUGUGAAAUGGGUGAUGUUAACAGGUGUGGCAAAGUAUGUAAGGAGCCUCAAAAAGCCUAGUCCUUCAAGAGCAAGGAUCAUUCGAGACUUGUCAACAGAUCAUCAGCAAAUAAUCCAGCGUUUUGAGAACAACAUUCCCCAAAGACAAAUUGGAAGAAUUUUGUGCAUUUCACCCUCUAUAGUGCACAAUAUAGUUAAAUGAUUCAAGGAAUUCAGUCAAAUCUCUGUGUGUAAAUGGAAAGUCAAUUCAUGUCAAUUUUAUUUGUAUAGCGCCUUUCACAACACACAUCGUUUCAAAGCAGCUUUACAGAAGAUCAGAAUUAACAGACGAUAAAACUGUAUUGUCUAUAAUGUCGAUGAAUCAUCAUUGUGUAAUUAGAUAAAAUAUGAUUGUAAUCAUGUUUCAAAAUAAGUAAUUCAAUAACAAUUGUAUUAAUAACCCCAGUGAGCAGCUGAAGGCGACUGUGGCGAGGAACACAAAACUCCAUAAGAUGUGGAUUAAUGGAGAAAAAUAACCUUGGGAGAAACCAGACUCACUGUGGGGCCAGUUCCCCUCUGACUAACCCCACCCUAACCCUAAACCAGACUCACUGUGGGGGCCAGUUCCCCUCUGACUAACCCCACCCUAACCCUAAACCAGACUCACUGUGGGGGCCAGUUCCCCUCUGGCUAACAUCAUGAAUAUAAUGUAAAUAUUUCUUAUUUAUAGUUAAAGUCAUGCGUUAAAAUUAUUAAAAUAAGUAAGUGUUAAGGGUCAGUGUUUAAACAUUGAUCGUGUUUGAACUGUAAGAUUAAUGAUUAAUGUCUUUGAAGUUCAACCUGGAUUAACUGCAGAAGUUCACAUAGAUGCAAUUGUCCUUGUUAAUUGGCUGAUGAAGCUUUUGUUGGCAAUUGUUAGUUUAUGUAUUCCAUUUCAAGAUCGUAGUCAAUCAAUAGACCGAGGUGAUGCAGGCAGAGAUCAGGGAUGUGAAACACAGUUGAACAUGCCGGUAAUUUCGUUGAGGUUCGGUGUGUUCCAUCCUAAAUCCAAGGUUCAGACAAUGGCAUAUGAAGUAUCCCAUGUCUUAUGGAUGGAGAUGGCAUCAGUUCAUCCUCUGAAGUCCAUCAUAAUAGACUGAAGUGAUGUUUGGCACCGGCUGCAUUUAGUCAUCAUCAUUCUGCGACAUGAAGCAGUGGAGUCCAACAUGAAGCAGGAAUGGUGCUGGAUCCAGCCGGUUCUGGUGACCUCAGGAUAGGAGUCCCGAGGUUGAGACAGGGAAACAAAUAAAAUAAAAUAAGCAUAGAUGCCAUUCAAUUUAUUGCAGAGAUAUAAAUCAUGAUCAAUAUUUCUGGUUCCGGCAGACUAAACUAAAGCAGCCUAAUUGUGGGUUGGAGGAUAAAUUAGGUGUAUGUCUUUAGUCUAGACUUAAACUGAGAGAGUGUGUCUGCAUCUCGAACAGUGUUUGGGAGACUAUUCCAUAGUUUAGGAGCCAAAUAUGAAAAGGAUCUUCCUCCUUUUGUGGAUAUUGAUAUUCUAGGAACUAUUAACAGGCCAGAAUUUAGUGAUCGUAAUGAACGUGAUGGAAUAAAAAGUGGUAGAAUGUCACUUAAGUACUGCGGAGACCAUUCAAAGCUUUGAAUGUAGUUAACAGAAUUUUAAAAUGAAUUCAGAAUUAAUCAGGUAUUCAAUGUAACGAUGAUAAAAUGGGGCUAAUAUGAUCAUAUUUCUUGGUUGUCGUUAGUAUUGGCUAAUACUGGUAGUGGCUGCUGCAUUUUGAACCAAUGAUUUAGUUUUUCAGCAUCCGCAACAGAUUGCAUGUGCUGUAAUUUAGUAAUAUUUCUUAGGUGGAAGAAUGCUGUUCUACAAACAUUGGUAAUUUGAUUUUCAAAAGACAGAUUGGUAUCAAAUAUAACACAUAAGUUCUUCACUGUUGAAGAUGAUGUAACGGUACAUCCAUCAAGAGUCAAAAUAGAUUGUAGUGGCUUAUUUUUAGAGUUUUUUGGUCCAAUAAUUAGAACCUCUGUUUUGUAAGAAUUGAGUAGAAGGAAAUGUCUGGCCAUCCAAUCUUUUAUUUCAUUGAUACACUCUGCUAAUUUCGAGAAUUGUGAAAUCUCAUCAGGUUUUGAAGAAAUAUAAAGUUGUGUAUUGUCGGCAUAGCAGUGGAAACUUAUUCCACGAUUCCUGAUAAUAUCUCCCAGGGGAAGCAUAUACAUGGAGAAAAGCAGAAGCCCUAAAACUGAUCCCUGUGGCACACCAUAUUUUACUUUUCUUUGGUUUGACAAUUCCUCAUUUACAUAGAAAAAGUGGUAGCGGUCAGCUAAAUAUGACCUAAACCAUGCUAAUGCAACUCCACAGUUGCUAACAUAAUUCUCUAGCCUAUUUAAGAGAAUGUCGUGAUCUAUCGUGUCGAAUGCAGCAUUAAGAUCUAAAAGCACUAAAAGAGAAAUGCAGCCGGGAUCAGAUUACAAGAGCAAGUCAUUUGUAACUCUGAUAAUUGCAGUCUCUGUACUGUAAAUUAGGCCUAAAUCCUGACUGAAAUUCUUCUAUUUUUCGAAAUACUAUUUCUCUGUAGAAAUUAACAUAUUUGGGAGGAUACUCCCUUUUCUAGUAUUUUUGACAUAAAUGGGAGAUUUAAAAUCGGUCUAUAAUUAUCCAGUUCUCCAGGAUCAAGUUGUGGCUUAAGCGGUUUGAUAACUGCCAUUUUAAAGUUUAUUGGGACAUGUCCUAAGCAUAGCGAGGAGUUAAUGAUAUUAAGAAGAGGUUCUGAAAUGACAGGAGAUACCUCUUUUAAGAGCUUAGUUGGUAUAGGAUCUAACAAACAUGUUGUGGCUUUUGAUGUUUCGAUAAGUUUUGUUAGCCCUUCAUGACCGAUGACAGAGAAAGAUUGAAGUUGCACAUGUGGAAAAUUACUAGACACUGUUCUGAGGUGCGAUGACAGAUGAUUGCAUAAUUCCAAAUUUAUUUCUGAUUAUUUCAAUUUUAACUGUAAAGAAAUUCAUGAAGUCAUUACUCUUGGGCUGCAACAUAAUAUCUGGUUCUGUUGAGGCUUUAUUCCUUACCAAUUUAGCCACAGUACUAAAUAAACAUCUAGGAUUGUUGUGGUUAUUUUCUAUGAGUUUACUAAAAUAUGCUGACCUGGCAGCUUUGAGUGCCUGUCUGUAGUUACAGACACUAUCCUUCCAUGCACCACGAAAUAUUUCUAAUUUUGUAUUUUUCCACAUGCGCUCCAUUUUCCGAGCUGCUCUCUUGAGAGCAUGAGUGUGAUCAAUGUACCAUGGUGCAGGGCUUAUUUCUUUAAUUGAAGUGGGGCGACAAGAGUGCUAGAGAAGACUGCGUUUAUAUUUUUUGUUAUUUCAUCAAGUUCUUCUGGGUAAUCAUUUAUUAACAAAUAGUGCUUUGGUAGAAAGAGAUCUAAUGUUUAGUAGCCCUAUUUUUAUAUGAUGUGUAUUUUUAAUUUGUUUGUUUUGUUCAAGUUUGCCCUUAAUCAAAUUUUUUCUAAAUGAUUUAGUGAGGGUAUUGUGUUUCGUAGUUCGGGGAACAGACACAGUCUCUAUGAGAUAUCUAGGUGAUACAGUCUAUGUGUUGUAGUUUACGUGACCUGUGUGACAUCUCAAGGCAGCUAGCAGAUGUUCGGAUUAACCAGUUUGUCUGCUUCCUGACCUGGGCCCCAGUUAGUCAAAUAAUAUUAUUAUUAAGACUCUGAGACAAUAACAAGGGCUCUUUCAACAUGAUCUCAGUGGGUGUAUCACUGUGUGGGGAGAAUUGAUUGGAAACCCUAACAGGAACGGGAGAGUAAACCACUUCUAAAUGUGCUUGAUUUCCGAUCCCUCAGACAUCGCUGUCUUAAAAAACUUCGUCUGUAAUGCAUGUCAUUGCAUGUGCUUGGGAAUACUCUGAUAAACUUUUGUCAGUCAAUACCAUUUGCCGCUGCAACUAUGGAUGCAAUUUAAGACUUGUAAAGGAGAAGCCAUACAUCAACACUGUCCAGAAGCGCUGGCGACUUCUCUGGGCUCAGUGUCAUCUGUGAUUAAAGUAGAACAGUGGAACUGUGUUGUGUGCCUGGAGAGUCCAUAUUUUUUGUUCUCUGUGCGAAAGAUGAAAAGAACCAUCCAAGCUGUUAUCAGCGUCAGGUCUAAAAGCCAGUGUCUGUCAUGGUAUGGGAAUGUGUCAGUGCCCAUGGCAUGAGUAACUUGCACAUCUGUGAGGGCACCAUUAAUGCAGAAAGAUAUGUACACUUUUUGGAGCAGCAUAUGCUGCCAUUCAGACAUUCAUUUCCAGGGAUGUCCCUGCAUUUUCCAACAGAAAAACGACAAAGCACAUACUGCCCAGAUUACAAGUGCAUGGCUGUGUAAGCAGAGAACGCGGGUGCUACAUGGGUCUGCCUGCAGUCCUGACCUGUCUCCAUUUGAGGAUGUGUGGCACAUAAUGAAGUGCACAACUGUUAGCAAUUUCAAAAUGUAAUGCUUCAAUUAAUCAGUAGUCUAAUACUUUUUAUGAGUCAUAGUUGUGUAAUAUCUCUGCCCAUUCAAUGAUUUCUUUGUCAUUUUUGUUAGGAUAAUGUAGUCAACCGAAUGUUAUCGCAUAAUAUUACAUGGCAGUCUAGAGUAAUAAAUUCUGAUUCUAACACCAUCUAGCAGUCUGAUAUCUAUGAUUGCUGGUCAUCUUUCCUGUUUUUCGGAUCAUUGUGUGAUAUCUAAUAAGUUUGUGUG